UUAAUUUUAAUCAUUAUUUUUAUCCUAAACACUUUCUAAAUCAUACUUAUCACAAUUUUAAUAUACACAAAAAACUCUUAGUAUAAUUACAUGGUUGCUACUUAUUUUAUCAGCUACUUAUUCCCAGUUAACUUGCUGCAACAUCAAUAUCUUCGACAAAGUCAUGACCCCAGUACUGUCUCUACUCAGAUUAUCCAUGCGCUCUUUUCUCCGCUUCAUCUCAUUGUUUUUUUUCCUAUCGUCUUCUUCUAUUUUCUGUAAAAUUAGGGGGGAGAGAUGGCAGAGAGAGACACACGCAGAUUCCACCGCCGUUAAUCGCUACAGCAGCUUAUCUCGUCAAAUGCCUUGACUUCCAAUAUUCAAUAUCCUUGUGUGUCUCACGUGUUCUUCUUCAGUGAUGGGUUUUCGUUUUGGCCUAGUUGCGAUUGUCCUAAUCCUUGAUGUAGUCUCUGUUUGGUCUACUGGUAAUGGCUUUAUUGUAAAGAAUUCAAAUGCAGUUCAACUUAGUCAAGACUCUUUAAAUAAUUCCGCUUUUUAUCAACCAUCCAUAAAUGGUCCCAAAGGUAUAUCAGAGUUUUCUCAAAAUAACUCUAUUCCAAAUCCUUUCCUGCCUUCGUCAAGAAACCCAUUCUUAUCAAAUAUCAUUCCAUCACAAGUUCCUAAUAUAACCCUUCGUAAUAAUAGCUUUUAUAAUAACAAUCUUUUUCCUAAUAGUAAUAAGAAUCCUUUUUUUAACUCGAUUAGAAACAAUACAAAAGUAGAUACAGAAUCUCCAAGUUUUGAUUUGCAAAAACCUUGCAUCCCUCCAUCUUAUUACGAUACAUUAUCACCUACUUCAGUACUUAAUAUAUCUAAUGUGUCUAAUACAAAUACAUCUAACAUACCAAGAUUUAUUAUACAAAAUCCUUACACACCAUGCUACUAUACAUCACCAGCACCUCAUAUACCAAUAUUUAAUACACCAGCACCAGCAGUUGAUAAUUUCACAUCUCCUACUUCUUCUGAAACUCAACAUCCAACUACACAUGCACCAUUAAGAUCAAAGGAUCCACUACGCAUCAAUCUAAACUGUCAAAUCGGCUCAGAAAGACCGAUAUCAGGAUUUAAGUGUGUGGGCUAUGUGGAAGACAUUGCAAACACGACUUCAACAGUGCCUGUGACCAAUCCAUCGUUGAAUGCGAUUACAGACUCUCCUUUAAACUUUAGUUUACCAAGACCUGUUAUGCAGAGACCUUAUAUACCACGACCAUAUUACUAUACAUCUACACCAAUAUUUAAUACACCAGCACCAGUUGAUAAUAGUUUUACAACAUCUCGUACACCAAUUUCUUCUCAAAAUGACCAUUCAAAUUCAGUUUCGCCUCCAUUGGAUGAUAUAUUACCCACUAACUCAGUGGCACCAAUUUCAGAACGUAAGUGCGGAGAGUAUGAGAGAGAAAUAGUAAAUCUGAUAACGUCUCUGACUGGUUCAUCGUCGGACGUAAAUAGUACUUGUUUUCGUGCAAAUCAUUUGGUGGUCGGUAAUAAUCUGGCCCAAAUUGGCGAGUUCCCUCACAUAGUCGCCCUAGGUAGACGCAAUUUCAACAGGUUCAUGCUGAUGUGCACUGGCACGCUGAUUUCGCAUACCUGGGUACUUACCGCUGCGCAUUGCAUUUAUGGAUCAAACGGUGCUCCAACUGAAGCAAGGAUGGACAUCAAUAGAUUAAAGGACCAGCCAGGCGUCACGGUUGCCAUUAAAAAUAUUAUAAGACAUCCAGAUUACAAUCCACCCGCGCUGUAUGCGGACAUCGCUCUGGUACAGCUUACGAACUUCGUCACGUUUAGCACACUUAUACGACCCGCGUGUCUUUAUCAGAACUAUGAUACCGUACCAACUCAAGCUUGGAUUAGCGGUUGGGACAUCACUGAAUACAAUGGAAAGGACCGUGACCGACUGCAAAAAGCUCAACUGGAUAUGGUAGACAAUUUAUUCUGUACAGUACGGUAUAACAGUUCCGAAAAAGUUCCAUACGGUGUCACAACAAGCAUGAUCUGCGCCGGUGAUCCUCACGGUAAUUGGACCAAGGAUGGUUGUCAAGGAGAUUCUGGUGGUCCUCUGCAAGCAGUCCAUUCUGACAGAGAAUGUCUCUUUCAAGUAAUCGGUAUCCUCAGCUUCAGUAAGGGCUGUGGAUUGAUUGACAUCCCUGGUGUUUAUACCAGACUCUCCCAUUAUCUCCCAUGGAUUGAAGAGAAUGUUUGGCCGCAAGGAUAAUAAGUUUAUUUGACUUUUAUCAAGGAAAAAAACAAGAAAUAUUUUUUUAAUCAAUUGUAUUUGGCUAAAUCAAGUCUUACGUAAUUAGUCACUAAUUGUUAGAUAAUUAGCCAGUCAAAUCAAUUUAAGAUUAAGAAAUUCAUAGUAUUUGCAAGUUUCUUCUUUUUAUUAUUUUAUAACGUGAUGUUUAUUGACCUUAUAUGAGAAUAAUUUUGCAAUUUUUAAGAAAAGUUUAUUUACUUUAAAUAUUGUUUAUCAAAAAAACUAUAGAUAAUUAAUUAGAAUAAUGCGAUUAGGAUAAUGCAAUACAGUUUGCGAUUUGGAUUAGAAAACAAACAAAAAAAUAAAAUAAUUACAAAGAAAUUUGAAUUAAUAUAAAAUAUAGGAUUGAUGUUGACUUUUAAAAUUUUUGAAAUUAAGAGAUUUAAGAUUUGACCAUAGUUAAUGAAUAGUUUUCGAUAAAAACUCAUGUAAGGAUUAUAAAUUAAAGAUCACAGAUAAGGGAAUAAGAUACGCCAUCAAAUUCUACAAUAAAAAAGACUUAAGUAUAAUAUAAGAAUAAAAUUUUGAGAAUAAUGCAAAAAUAAUGUAUUAGACAUAAUUGGAUGAAGUACUAAUUUACGAUUUAAUAAGCAUUUAAUAAAAGUGAUAAAAACUUACCAAA